GGUGACGAUGACGUGUAACUUUCAGAUCCGUCAGCUAACAUAAGGCAAGCGUUUGGUUUUUGGUUUAGCUGCCUAGGUGGCUAGCGACGAUUAGCUGGAAUUGAUGAUAACGUUACUAUUUUAAGAAAAUCAAAGAAGCAGUUGCAUUUUUCUGGGAUCACCUUUGUCAGAGCACCACAACAAUGGAGACACUCUAUCACCAGACAAACAAACAGAUCCAAGAGGUGCAGUCCAACAUGGGGCGUCUUGAAUCAACAGAACGAGAAUACGUCCACUUACUGGAGAAUGAACUGCAGGCUAGAAUUGACCAGAUCUUCAGCUACCUGGAAAGGCUGGAGAUUCUGGCCAGUAAGGAGCAACCCAGUCGUCGGCAGAAUGCUAAACUACGAGUGGACCAGCUGAAGUAUGACGUCCAGCACCUUCAGACCGCACUGCGCAACUUUCAGCAGUGGCGGUACAUCCGUGAGACCCAGGACCGCGAGAGGGAGGAGCUGAUGACCCGUACCUUCACAACCAACGAUGCAGAUACCUCGAUCCCCAUUGACGAAACUCUACAGUUCAACUCCAGUCUUCACUGCGCUCACAAAGAUAUGGAUAACCUGCUGGGUAGUGGGAGCAGCAUUCUUGAUGGCCUGAGAGACCAACGGGGCUCCCUUAAGAACACUCAUAAAAAGAUCCUGGAUGUGGCCAAUAUGCUGGGACUGUCAAAUACAGUAAUGCGCCUGAUUGAGAAGAGGGCUUUCCAGGACAAGUUCAUCAUGAUGGGUGGUAUGCUGGUAACCUGUGUGGUCAUGUUCCUUGUGGUCAGAUACAUCAGCUGAGCGCUUGCGAGCAGGCCCUUUUAAGAACUCUUUCUCUUGUCAUCUCAACAUUUACACAUCAACACCUGAGCCAUAAGAAGGGUUGGCAGGAGUCAUCAAGAGUCGUUAUGGGGACCAGAUCCUGUAUGAGACAAGUUGCAAAUGUAGAACUGCAGACACGUGUUGGUUGGGAUAAUAAGGAAACAAAAGUCCAGAAGAGAAGAGCAUCUAUACAUGAACGUUGCAGCGUUUCCCUGCCAAUCUCUUCUCCUACAAGUUGGUGUGCUUACCAGUGAGUGACAUCUGUGUACAGUUUAACUUAACAGGAAUUUUGACAAAAUCGCAUCUACAAACCUCAUACCUCUAGUAGUGUGAUGUGACAUUAUAAACACCGAUCAGCCACAACAUUAAAACAAUGUGCUUAAACCAUACGCAGUAUUGGUUACACGGUAACAUAACCAUGGGAUCUAUUUGAGUGAGUUUCACCACAUGCAGUACCAUGGAUUCCAAUGGAGGGAUGAAGGGUGAAACUGAUUAGAUGCCCUGCAUUUUAAAAUAUGGCGGGUGGUCUUUAUUUUUUGUUGUGGCUGAACGGUGUAUACUGUUGUUUUAAAUUUGAGAGCACUUUGGCAUAAUUCGUCCAUGGACCCAGUGAGUUUUCAGAGGUGACAAAAUGAGACUAGUGAGAAAAAGUGGCUGAUACCUAUUGUUUUUUUGCUGAUACCUGAUUAUAAUUGCUGUGCUAGCUUAUCAACACUUCAGUUCUCCCACAUUAUUUCAUGAUUAUUAUGUUAUUAUACAUUCAUGAAUUUCCUUGUCAAUCAUUCAAUGGUUUCUCUUAUGAUUUUGCCCAAAUUCUUAAAUGUAAGAAUCUAACAUGAAAUGUGUCAUGGUAUGGAUGUCCUGCAUGGAUCCAUGAUGAAUUUUUUUUUAAUGGAUUUAUUGGAACAUUAUUGUAAUACCAACAAUUGAACUGUACUGAAUUUUAUUGUUGAACAAUGUUACCUGUGGUUACACAGAAAUGGCCAUCUUGAAUUUGCAGCUAGGGGCUGGGAUAAAGAAAAAACGGUGACCUUUAUAAAUAAGAGCCCUUAAUGGUUAGGUCCUAAAGUACAUUGUAAAAUCAAUAUAUUUGUAAAUGAAGAAUUUCGUGCCAAAGCACUCUGGGAACUGUCCCCUCCAAUGAUGAGACUGGUGUGAAUGUAUAACCCUGCUCCAAAGUGUGCAGCCCCAUGCUAUUAACAGUGCUGUUCCCAGGUUGUAUUCUGUGAUUUUUAGUCUGCAUAUGACGAAUAUUGAACAAUUUCCCCCCUCAGUAUUUGCUUGUGUGCACAGCUUAGCCCACAGGAAAUUGGAAAAGUUAUUACAACAUCAAAGGCUAGUUUUACAGAACUAUCCUAUAAAACAUUUAUAAUGGAGCAUUUUUUACACCCACCUCUCAACUUCACUCUCCAUUUACCUGGGUCAUUAUUGAACACCAUCAGACCCAUGAAGGGCAAUUUCCCUUAAGAUUAAACUUUCUCCUCAUUACCAUGACUUCCUACCUGAAAUGAAUAGAUGAACAGCAGACUACACUUGUCUAAUUGUAAAACCAAACUGCAUUCCACAUCCUAGAAUUCUGUUCUGAAACUAAACAAAAAUCUGAUGCCCUUUUCACAUAGCCUUACCUGGGAAUGUUCUAAUCUUAUUGUUAGAUUAGGGUCAUGUGUUGGAGUUGGUCAGUUUGAUAAAACACAUGCACAAGAUGGCUUAUGCAGUACCUACAAAGAUACAGAAAGCUGUAACAAGAUGACAGAGCAAAACGGCUAUGCCUAGUUUAAGCUUACAAAGUCUAUCCUAGCUAGGAUAAAGCAGACCAAACAUAGGUAGCUAUUGCGUUCUCAGUUAAACUGGGUAACGUUAGCUUAGUAGGUUUGGCAGGAGGCAAGUACCUAGGCUGGCUAACAUAAGCUACCUCUGCAUGUAAAAAAUAAAUGCUGCUGUAGCUACCAAUAAAUAUUAUGUGCAUUUGAA